AUGGUGUUUCAUAUGGGCAGCGGGCUAGAGGGUGAGAAGGGGGUACACUCCGGACUCAAGGAAUUAGGCGUGAAGGUCACACAAAAGCGUGUCCGAGAUGCUCUCAAGGUCUUUUACAAUCGACCCGGCAAGGAGCGACGAGCAAUCAUCAGGAGAGUUUAUCACGUUCCCUUCAUCAACUCACUCUGGCACAUCGAUGGCCACCACAAACUGGGUCCUUGGGGAAUAGUCAUUCAUGGUGCUAUCGACGGUUUCUCUCGGAGGAUCAUGUAUAUCUUUGUCGCAGAUAACAAUCGCGCAUCAACCGUUCUAUCUGCUUUUCUUCGAGCCACUGAGAAAUACGGAUGGCCUAGCAGAGUUCGAGCAGAUCUUGGCAAGGAGAAUUGGGAAGUAAAAGCACAGAUGGAGAAAGUCAGAGGACUCAAUCGAGGCUCGUUCAUUCAAGGUCCAUCUACCCAUAAUCAACGAAUAGAGCGAUUAUGGGUAGACAUUCAACAGUGGUCCACCGCUCGUUACCGCCAACAGUUCAUAUACUAUGAAGAACAAGGGUAUCUCUGCAGAGAUGACCCCCUUGAAAUGUGGGCUCUUCACUUUGUCUAUAUACCCACUCUCAGAAAGGCUCUAGAGUUCUUCGUUGAAAGGUGGAACAAUCAUGGUAUUCCGACUGAGAAAAACAGUACGCCUGUACAACUCUGGCACAGGAACUUGCGCGCCGCUGAAAAAAUCCAGCUAUCUCCUAUUCAACAUGUCGAUCCGCUGACUGGAUAUCUUGAAGACCAUUACGAUGAUCCUGACGCUGCCAAGAGAUUCGAAGACUAUGGCGUUGAUCAUUUUAAAGGGAGAUCUGGUCACCAACUCAACGAUAACGACCCACAUAAGAAAACACCUGCGAUCCUUAGCUCUUUGCCUGAAGAUGUCAGAGCAAUGCUUGAAAGCCUCGAAUUCCGACAGCGGAUUGAGGAGGUAGCAGGAGAUGACAGGUGGACUUGGCCUCCCCCAGCUGAUUUUGGUUUGGAAAGGUAUCUUACUGUUGUACAAGAAGUCAACCGAAUUGUACGUCAGGAGUUCCCAGCUUUGUAUUCGUGA